GCUGCACGCCUGGCCGCGACUCGGGCGACGUCCCUCAUCAGGACAUCUCGGGGCUCAGCCUCGACAUGCCAGGCGCGGCGUGUGGCACCCAGUGCUUCCCUGUGCAGCAGGUGAUUGUCAGCCUGCCUCUGGGCCACCCGCUCGCCACUGCGGGCGGCCAAAACUCGUCUGAGCACCGCAGCGGCACACCGAACAUGCUCAUGCAGAUGCUCGUGGACAAUCCGCAGGAGGUGAUCCAGCUGUUGCGCUCGGCCAAGGAUGCGCUGACGUCGGCGCCGCAGCAGGUCGUCGUGACCACCGCGGUGCCGGUCGCUCCAAUGGAGAUGGGACGCGAGGACCCGACCGAGCAGCUGGCCAAGCUCAAGAAACUACUCGACUCGGGCGCGAUCACCGAGGAGGAGUACGAGGAGAAGCGCAAGCCUUACGUCGACCUACUCUGACUGGCCAACUGAGUCGGCGAACCUGGGCUUCCUUGAGCGAGGUGGGCGAAGGGCAUGCAUGUGAGGCGUCGUCCGUUCGGCCAUGUCGGCGUGGCGAUCGCGCCUCCAGGCUUGGCCACGCCGGCCCGCUUUUGCGGCGUCGCGCCCUUUGAGUGAGGGCGCGUGCCGCUGCUCUGUCUGGCGAGCGGUUGCAUGCCGACCUCGCUGGGCCACCACACAGGGAUUUCACGGGAAGGAAGGUAUGUUGCUAGCCGUCGCCACUCUUCCCGCCUAGUGUACGUUUCUUAUU